GCUUCGCUUUGAAAUAUCCUAUUUUAAUCGGCGAAGAAGAAGCAAAAAAGUUAGUCUCGAUAGGGCGAAAUGGUUCGUGCCGAGAAGAGCUGCUGUUUUGUAAAGCCUACCGUCCGGCUGCUUAUUCACAUUUAUCCCGCAGUUACAUGCUGGAGCGAGUUUAUUACUGGCUAAAAAUCCAGAGAUUUAAAAUGCCUCCCUGUAUUGUGGCCAGCCAGUUUACCCCACCCUUUGAACCCCAAAAUAUUCUCCUCAAGAGUUGUUAUCCCUCUGGACCUGGAAUGGCAAAAAUUCUAACUCCUGAACCAGUGAGCUCCACCCCUGCUGGCACAUCUCCAGUUCUUCGACAUAUGAUGGAGUUCGUUAUGGUUUGGUUGCGAAGAUUUUUAUAUUUUUGGCAGCCUUUCCCUGCAAAGCUGGUGAAGACUGUCUUGAUGGGCAUUGCCAGAAGGGCAUUGCCUAUCUUAGAAAAGAUGAAAUGCUUAAAGAAGGCCGGAGAACUUAAAAGCAAUGAAAAUGAUACUGAGAAGAUGAUGAUAGCGGAAGGCAGCUGUUUGGAAUAUCAUCCUCUCAAGAGUCAUACAAACUACCUUUCGGAGGAAAGUUUGGUUAUAGAUGGCUACUUUGGGGAAGACAUUGAACAACUUUUGAUUCAUUCAAGCAGCCCUGCAGUGAAUAACAUGCAUUUGGAAGAGGAAAGGAUUUCCGAGCUGCGUUUAAUAAGUCCUACGAUAAUAUUUGAUUUGGGAAAUAAUUGGCAAGGUUCUUCAGGAAAGGACAUAGAAUGUGUGACUAUAAAAAGUUCUGAGCAUGUCUCCCCUAAGUUGUUGGAAGAUACUUACCAUCCUGAAAUCUUUACAAAAGAGUUGGACCUCUGUGGAUAUUUGGAAAAUACUUUGGACUGUUUCAAUCCUAAUGGACAAUUAAAUUUUAAUAAGGGCCUUGAUCAAAUUUUGGAAAUCACCAGAGUUCCCCAGGAAUCAGAGAAGAACAUGAAAUCUAAUCGGGAUCUGCCAUUAUGUGGGAAACAAAGCUUAACAUGUUCACUUGAUUCUUCAGAGGAUGUGGAACAGCCAGAAAUGAGCCAAAAGAGUAGAGAGAAUGAAGAUACAUGCAACAUGGACUCCUCUAUCAUCCCCAGUAGCUUCCAAAGUUCCCUGGUCCUCUCCUUAUUCUACAGUCCAUUAGAAGAUGAAGAAGAUGACAAUGAUGACAGUUCAGAAGACUGGUGGAGUGAAGAUGAGAUGGAAGAGAGUAGUAAGACCAAAACUUGUUCUGAUGGCAAUAAUUCAGGAGACUUAGAGAACUAUCAGGAAAUAGAAGUGGAGGACUCUGCACAGCAGAUUGUUUUUGAGAAUCUUGGUGGAGCUCUGUCCAUGAACAGUCAACCCUUCCACCCACUUUGUUUUUCCAAACCCAUUCAGGCCCACACAGACCUCACCACUGAUACACUGAAGCCCAAGAACCAUCGAGAAACUCUCGUCCCUUCUUAUCGGACAAGAGCCAGUUCUAAACUUGAAGAAUCGUGUCAUCUCCCAAAGCAGCCGUUGCCCAGAGAGGACCAAAAAGUUGAUAAUAAUCAGGAGACCUACCUAUGCUGCCAACCAAGUCCUGGGAAAAAUGCUUCUCCUGUCGCAGCAGAAAUACCUCUAGUUUCACAGCAGGAAAUCCAGGUGAAAAAGAAGGUCCGAUUCUCCCCAGUGGUCACUGUCCACUCACUGGUGGUCUGGGAUUAUGCCUCUCGGGCUGCCCGUCGGGGCCCAUGGGAGGAAAUGGCUCGUGAUCGCUGCCGCUUCCAACGAAGAAUCUCUCAAAUGGCAGCCAUCUUGGAGCCUUGCCUGGCAGUGGAUCAUCGGCACAAAGUUUGGAAGAGGAUCUAUGGGGUUUCCAUGUCUCUUCUGGAAGAAGCCACUGACAGCAUUCCCCUCUGUUCCGGUUCCACCAGAAAAGAGAAGUUGGGACUCCAGGGUUAGGAAUGAAAAGCCUCUUCCACAUAAAAAUAACAAUUGAUGUGCACAUAGAAGUUGAGGAUUCUGGGGGAACUCUGGUUGGGGUUUUCCAUCUCUAAAGGAGGAAGAAUGUUGCUUUUGCUCUUCUGUUGGUAUUUUAAAGCGUUGCGUGAACUGGGACCUCAUUGUUCAUAAGUUUGAAGCAAUUUCAAACUAGUGACUCUGGGGAUAUAGUGCAGUAAGAUUGAGUCCAGGCCAAAACAUUCUGGAUGAGAUAAGAAUGUAUUGAGUAUAUGAAGGGGUAACAUGAGAGAAAAUAUCAAGGAUUUUGUUUUCUAAAUAAAUACAAUCCUAGGUUGCUACUACUACUACUACCUCCUUUGAUUUGGAAAGUCAUGAAACGUGGCUAUUGUGAUGAGUAUAUGUGAGAAAUAAUUGCUUUUAAAUACAAUGUUAAGUUCUAUAUUGCAGUUCCAUUUCACAGGCCUUAGUUGCUGUUGAAAUGGCCAAGUGUUACAAGGGCUCCAUCCUAUGUGGUAGCCUUCUGAAUCUUUUGGAUCACAAGCCCCAAGAUUCCCAGCCAACUUUGCUUAUAAUGGAACUGGGACUUGGAGUUGGCUGUUUUAUCAGAGGAGCAGCUUGAAGAUUAUUAGGGAAAAAACUAUUGCUAAACAUACAGUUGAAAAUAUCAGUCCGAUUUCUUCACCUCUGUAGUCUGAUUUCAUGGCUAAGCUUUUUCAUAGGUAUCAGUCAGAGGGCAAAAAUCUGGAUCCAAAAUUUGACAAUUUACAUUUUAUAUAUUUCAGCUACUUUUUUUAACCUGGAGUUGGUUUGCUUGCUUGUGUAUUUGCAAAGUCUCUAGUAGCUUCUAUACAUUGUUAGUUGAAGAAAAAUAUUUUGGAGAGAGAUGUAUUAAUUUAUAUAAAAUUAUUCCUUUGAAAUCCCUGGUUAUGUCUUGAAUGUAUCAUAACUGAUUAUUGAAUUUGUAAUAAUU